CGCAUUGCCCAAAAGAUUUGACAGUUUGCAGGCAGCAGGAUUCUGCAAUACAAGCACAAAUUUAAAAAUACUGACGUUUCACUGGGAAGAUUCAGUCCGAGAAAAACCCUGACUACUUGUGCCUCCAAACCGCAGCCAUGCAGAUGCCAGACAUGCCCGUGAAUGUCGCAGUCGACGACCCCAACGCCGACACGGAAUGGAACGACAUCCUGCGCAAACACGGCGUGAUACCCGAGAAGCCGCCCUCGCCCACGCCCAUGAUCCAAGAGGCCCUGGAGCAAGCGCGACAACUAGCCCACGAGAACCGACUCGAAGGCAAAGACCUCGACGAACUCGACGAACUCGAAGAUCUUGAAGACGACGACUUCCUCGACUCAUACCGCCAGAAGCGCAUGGCGGAACUCUCGAGCAUUAACACCGCAUCCGUCUACAACCAAGUGUACCACCUACAAAAACCCGACUACUCGCGCGACGUAACCGAGGCAAGCAAGGACGCAUACGUACUCGUGCUGCUGACCAGCUCCACGGGAACGAAUACCGAGAGCAGAAUCAUGAUUGAGCACUGGCGGGAGCUAGCAAAGCGCUUUGGUGACGUCAAGUUUUGCCAGAUGAGAGCGGACUUGUGUAUAGAAGGGUAUCCGGAUAAGAAUACGCCGACGGUGCUGAUUUACAAGGAUGGGGAUAUCAAGAGGCAGAUUGUUACGCUUAUGCAGUUGGCUGGGCCGAGGACAAGUGUGCAAGAUCUGGAAAAGGUAUUGGUGGAUGUUGGGGCUGUCAAACUUGGUGAUUCGCGUUUGCAGCGGAAGAAGGAGGAGGAUGGAGAGGAAAGCUCGAACAAGAUACGGCAAGGCAAGACCGUGGCAGAGGACGACGAUAGCGAUUGGGAUUGAGGGGGCGAUAAUCACGAUCUUUUUUUUUCAGGCCAGCCAUUCCUGCUACGAGUGGAAUUACCGCACAUAACACGUACGUAGGAGUAUUGCAAUGGCAGAGAGCUCUAGAUGAAGAGGCAUGUUGCGAGAUAUGCAGGCUUGCACUGCAAAAUGAGAAACCUGGCCAAUAGCUAGGAUGAAGACGGGUUGGAGAAAGCUAGUUCCUGCACAAGAAGAGGUAGGAGUACAUGUAUAGAUACACAAAAAGGGGAGGUUAGAUCAAUGCACGCCAAUAAUAUUGUAGACGUCUUCCAUGUGUAA